AGCUACCAUGAAUGCUUCUCUCAAUUAACACAACACAACACUACCAUGCACUCUUAUUCCUUCCCUCUCUUCAUCUUUGCCGCGGUUAUCUUUCUCCGAUGUUUAAGUUCCAUAGAAUCUGCCACAUGUCAUCCUGAUGACGAGGCGGGUCUUUUAGCUUUCAAAUCGGGUAUAACUCAAGAUCCUUCUGGCAUUCUCAGCUCAUGGAAGAAAGGUACUGACUGCUGUUCAUGGAACGGUGUCGGUUGUCUCACCAACCGCGUCACCGGACUCACUAUCAGCGGACAAUCUGAUGUUACCGGAAGCUUUCUUUCCGGCACUAUCUCGCCGUCAUUGGCCAAACUCCAACACCUCGUUGGGAUUUACUUCACCAAUCUUCGAAACAUCACUGGUUCUUUUCCUCAAUUCAUUUUCCAAUUACCACAGCUACAACAAGUUUACUUCACGAAUAGCCGUCUCUCCGGUCCUCUUCCAGCUAACAUUGGUGCGUUAAGCCAGCUAAAAGAAUUAAGUCUAGAGGGAAACCAGUUCACCGGUCCGAUCCCGAGUUCGAUUUCCAAUUUAACCCGGGUAUAUCUCCUCAAUCUUGGAGAUAAUCUCUUAACCGGAACUAUACCGGUAGGGAUUGCUAACCUCAAGCUUUUGUUGUCACUCAACUUUGGCAACAAUCAUCUCUCUGGAACUAUACCUGAUAUUUUCAAAUCCAAACGGAAGCUUCAAUCUCUAACUCUCUCCCGCAACAGAUUCUCUGGAAAUCUCCCUCCGUCCAUUGCAUCACUCGCACCGAUCCUCCUGUACCUCGAUCUAAGCCAGAACAAUCUCUCGGGGACAAUCCCGACCUUUUUAUCGAACUUCAAGGUGCUGGACUUGUUGGAUCUUUCUAGGAAUAGGUUCUCUGGGGUCGUGCCAAAGAGUUUAGCCAAUAUGCCCAAGCUUUUCCAUCUCAAUCUCUCCCACAAUUUUUUAACCGGUCCAUUCCCUGCCAUAAAGAACCUUGAUGGCAUUGCCACUCUAGAUCUUUCCUACAACCAAUUUCACCUCAAAACAAUACCGCAAUGGGUGACAUCGUCACCGUCCAUCUACUCGUUGAAGCUAGUAAAAUGUGGGAUCAAUAUGAGCUUAGACAAUUGGAAGCCAGUAAACCCCAACAUUUACUAUUACAUCGAUCUAUCAGAAAACGAGAUCUCAGGGAGUUUAACAUGGUUCUUCAACCUAGCGCAUAACUUGUAUGAGUUUCAGGCGUCAGGGAACAAACUCCGAUUCGACAUGGGGAAGCUGAAUUUAAGCGAGAGACUAGAAAGCCUCGAUCUAUCAAGGAAUUUGGUAUUUGGGAAGGUACCAACAACCGUGGCUAAACUGCAGAAACUGAACUUGAGUCAUAACCAUCUUUGCGGAAAGCUUCCAGUGACUAAAUUUCCGGCCAGUGCGUUCGUCGGUAACGAUUGUCUAUGUGGCUCUCCACUUUCUCCUUGUAAAACUUAGCGGCAAGAAAACUAUAAUUUUGUAUUUGGAUUUACUUUGACACGUAGGUCCAUAUAAGAUUUGUAAUCCCUAAUAGUAAUAAAAUAGCCUUCUCGUA